UCAUUUGACACAUUCAACCAGGGGCUUGUGGCAAAAAGCAGCUGCUGACCCAAACUCAGACUUUAAGGCGAGCUGGUGUGUCUGCAUCACACUGUUUUGGACAGCAUGAAGACGCUCUUUUUCACCUGUAUGCUGGUGCCAUGGCUGAUGGCAGCCUCAGCCAGGACUUUCGACCACAACUCACAGCUGAUACCAGGAUCUCUAGCUGGCAGUCAACUGAAUGGAUACUUCAGUGACUAUUUAAAAUCAAAGAGGGCUAGGAGGGCGCUGCCUCCUGCUGAUGAACCUGAUGACAACCCAAUUACAGCGGAAGCAGAUGCCGCUGACCUUCCCACCUGUCUGCUGUGUGUGUGUCUGACUGGCUCGGUGUACUGUGAGGAGGUCAGUCCAGACAUGACCUCCAUUCCCACACUACCUAAAGAAACAGCCUAUUUGUAUGCACGCUUCAACAAAAUAAGAAAGAUCAAAAACAAAGACUUUGCUCAAAUUGUGACUUUAAAGAGGAUCGACCUGACAGGGAAUUUGAUCUCCGAGAUUGAAGAUGGAGCCUUCUCCAAGCUAACCCUCCUGGAGGAAUUAUCUCUGGCUGAGAAUCAGCUGGUCAAACUUCCUGCACUCCCUGCCAAACUCACAUCUUUCAAUGCCAACUACAACAAGCUCAAAACCAAAGGAGUGAAGGCUAAUGCUUUCAAGAAACUCACCAAGCUGGUUAACCUGUACCUGUCCGACAACAUGCUGGAGGCUGUUCCAUACAUCCCAGAGAGUGUUCGGAGCUUACAUCUUCAGAACAACAACAUCACUGAGGUCAAUGUGGACACCUUCUGCAGGUCCAAUGACACCUAUUACCUACGACCAAGUCUUAAUGAAGUCCGCCUUGAUGGCAACCCAGUGGUGCUGUCAAAAUACCCCGACAACUUCACCUGUAUGAAAGUACUGCCUGUUGGAAAGUACCGUUGAGGAGACUGAAAUUUAACUGCACUCCCUUUGUUGCUGAUGGAAGUUUUCCCACAACAAAGAGCUGGGAGACACCAUGGUAUUUUGGAUUUGUGGAGCUGGUCCCACAGAUGUCAACGUUUUUACUUCGGCAAACCUACAAUCAGCAUGUAUCAGGUCAAAAUCAAACCUCUGACUGGACUGAAGGUGUUCAUUAACUCACCUAAAGGCCUUUUACUGACUGGUGGGCAGUAAAGGGAAUUUCAUUAGUGUAAUUAAUCUCAAUAUGCUUCAAACAACCAGUUUGUCUAACCACAUUUAAAAUUAGUGUUUCUACCUGUAAUCAAAAUAACAGAGUCAAAGCCGGCUGUCAUGUAUACUUGGCUUAAUCCCUUAUGUCUUUAAAAUAACUGUAAUGUGGUGUAUUACCCUUGGUGCACUGAAUCAUUUUACACCUGCACACACAUAACCAUUGAAGUGGCAGUAUUUGUUAGAUUGUUGCAAUUUCUAAGGCUUAAAUCCCACAAGGACUUUACUGGUAGCCUUAAAGUACCCUUUUCACAGGUAAUAAAAUGCUACUACAACUACUAUAAUCCUAUAAAUGAGUGCAGCAGUUUUAACAGUUCUACUCUGACAGUCCAAGUUGUUGUUUCAUUUUGACCUGCUGAUUUACUACAUGGAUGAACCAAUCUUAACAACAACAAAAAAAUCCCAAAACAAACAAAACUACUUGUGACCUUGAAACAACAGAAACACCUCCUGUCACAAACGAAGAGGCUUUCUUGCAGCCCAAUGUCUUCACAUUGUUAGUAGACUGUAUCUAAUUGUGAGCAGUAAGAAAAUGUAUUUAUAUUUCAAGUUAUUUACUGUAAGCAUCUUCAUUUUUGCUGUUUUUGCUCAUCUAAACAACUGACUUUUAGUGCAAAAUCUGACAUUUCGAAGUUUUACCUAAAAUUAGCAAAAAAAUACUACAUCAAAAACAAUAGAUCUAAAUAAAUGGACCCAAGGCAGAUUUUUCCGAUUUACCUCUGAGUAAAGGGCACUCAAUAUAUGACUGAAGUGCAGUUUAAUUGAUGCAUUAGUAAUUAUAAUAAUGCUUUAUUUUUAAAGUUUCACAUUCAGUUUCUUCACAAUUAAAUUGUCACAGCUGAAUGAAAAUUGUGGUACAAAAAGUAUAUUUAGACAUUUUUAGUAAAGCCAAAUCUAAACAUGCUGAUAACUGACAUAAUUCAUGCUGUCUGGUCUGUAUGUUUAAUCUAGGACUCUGGCACGUUCCUGUAUGGGAAGAUCCAUAUUUAUCACAAACUGACCCUUCAUGCAACCCUGUUUUGACCCAUGUGUUUUCUAGUGAGCUGUUCCUAUCUUUACUUGUCUUUAAGAAAGUCAUUACUUGACAUUUUAGAGUCCUGACAACAGAAGGAGGGAAGAAGCAGGAUUGAAGUAAUUUUAGUUAUACAAAAGGAAUACUUGAUAUCUGCAUGCUGAUCUAUAUCUAGUAGAUCUAUAUCUUCAAUAGAACAUUGUCACAUGUCCAAAAAAAAAAAAAAAAACCCCAACAACAACAACAAAAAUAUAUUCUAACUGGCCACAAAUCUGUGAUCAUUAUUAACAUUCCUCUUUACAUUAACUGUAUGUAGCUUUAAGAUAUUUUUUUUUUCUUUGCUGAUUAAAAACUACAUUUCUUGAAAUACAAGAAUAUUGUGUAAAUACGUUAACUAAGUGAAAAGUGUGUGUUGUUCUGCUAUGGUGUGGAUUAAUUGCACUUUUCAUUAUUCCAUUAGACUUAAGUAUUUUGUGACUUACCUUUGUUUUCUUAAUUUAUAGACUCCAGCAGAAAUGAACUGGGGAACAAUGUAUCUAUGAAUUAUAGUAAUGUGAAAGUUACUCCUCUUGCUUCUAUAGUGUCUUACGUUUGUUCCCAACUCUUCCCUACCAUUAAUUAAAAUUAAUUUAGAGAUUAUUACUGAUGUGAAUAAGAUAGUGGUGUACAGGAAUAUGUUACAUGGCUAUGUUUGAAGAUAUUCUAAUAAAGUUCAACUUUUUUUUAA